AUCAUUUGAAGGUUCGAAAUAGACAGUCAUAAAGAUUGACUACUAUCCAGUGUGGCUUGGUAAUUAACAAUCAGUAGGCCUACGGACAGUUUGUUUUGAUCGAGUUGGCGUUCCGUAGAGGCUGGUGUUUAAUCACCUUGACAGUCAAGCCUGAAUGUAGCACGGGGAUUGUGACGUAUUGCGUGCGCGCGAUUCCAAAGUCAGUCACUGCACGGGUGGAAACUGCAGCCUACUACAGGCACCAGGUACAGCCUGCUGCUCCUACCGGAGAGCAGUCUCCACGGAAAGCAAGCAGUUUCAUCGGCCACGAUGCCGCCCCUGGGCAAUCGGAAAAUCCUGGUUGUGGCCGGGGCCACCCUGCUGUAUUUCGUGUCAAACGGCCCAGUAUUAAAUUACAACGUGUUCUUCGUCGACUUUCAGAAAGAGUUCAAGGACAGCGCUGUAUUUACUGGCUGGGUUGGCGCCACGAGUGUCUCCUUGCACUGUUGUAUCGCUCCAGUGGGGGCGGCCCUGGCCAGCCGGUUCGGCCAUUUCCGCCUACUGGUGGCCGGCAUCGCGCUGGAGUCGGCCGGCUUCCUCCUGACCUCCUUCAUCCCGUCGCUGGCCUACGGGUACCUGACGCUGGGCGCGAUGGCCGGGAUAGGGGCGGGCUUCGUCCUACUGGCGGCCAGCAGCCUGCUGCUGGACUGGUACUCCGGGGACGCCAGCUGCUGCCGGGCAACUGGGACGCUCUCGAUCGGCGGCGCUCUGGGUAUUAUGGGCUUGGGACCUUUACUCAACAAAACCAAUGCCGUGUGGGGCUGGAGAAACUCGCAGCGAUUGCUCACCGGCCUCGUGUUGCUGUUGGGCACAGUGGGCGCGCUGCCGUUCCUGAGGUCCCCGGAAGCCCGUCGAAAACAAGCCGGCGCAGCCCUGCAGACGCCUGGCAAGAUGCGGAGUGAGCUGGAGACGUGCUCAGGGGACGAGAAGGAGAGACUCGGUCCCGUCAGCGACGAAGUCGUGGCCGUCGCUGAUGACUGUAAGGACAUUCCCCACGACCCUGGAGGUGCAAGACUGUCGGGUGACGGUGAAGGUCGCGGUAGUCGCAGUGGCGGAACGCAAACCUUGAAGAAACUGCUGUUGAACGCGGACAUGUGGCUGUUUGUUUCCUCGAUAACGUCUGCCCAACUGGGCUGGGCGUUCGUUCUGAUCAACUUCUCGAGCUUCAUGAGGGGAAUCCAGUUGUCGACGGAGCAAAUUUCCCUGACCCUGGUGGUCCUUGGGGCCUCAGAGGUUGGCGGUAAACUCGUCUUCGUCUUGUUCGGGGACCGCCUGUGCUGUCUCAAGCUGUACAUCAUCGCCGCCACGUCGGUGUGCGGGGCCGUCACAGCCGGCUUCCAGACGGUAUGCUCGACCUUCCAGCACAUGAUCGCCCUCUCAGUCGUGUGGGGAACAGCUCGCGGGGGAAUAUAUGGCGCCUGUCUAGCAGCGAGUGACGAGCUCUUCAGCGCUUUCGGCUCGGGUGUCGUGACCUCUGCCCCACUGACUGGAUUCGGACUUGGCAUACUAAUCGGGUCGUCAGUUACAGGUGCUCUGUACGACCUGACCGGCGACUACAGGCUCAGCCUCUUCAUCUUGAUGGCUAGCUUUUCUUUCUCGACCGUCUCCAUGCUACUGAUCCCCGUCCACAAGAGGAUGACGCGGUCACCCGGCCGUCCUCCAGGGGCAGGCGCCGCCACGGCACGGUGCGCAAACGUCGGCCCAACCGACACGACCGACGAGCCUGCAAAAGAAGACAUGCCCAUGGUUCGAACCGUGCGAACCCCGACCCCAAUUCCUGACAUACAUGUAGAUACCGAGAGUGAGCCAUCAAGCUAUGGACAAGGUACUCUGGCCUGUGAGGCAUAGAUUGCUUGGGUUGUCCUGAUUCCAAAAUCUUAGUUUAAUGUCUGACGUAUAUGCAUACAGUGAUCCCCUGUGGUUUACUCUGUCAUUGGAAAGUUCUAAGAUUCCUUUGAAGAACGGAACGGAUGACAGUAGGCCUAAUUUCAUUUGUUGUUGGUGUUGUUGUUGUUUUUGUUUGUUACCAAUUUUUGUUUUAUUUUCGUUAAAUCUGCAGUUGAUCUGUUUCAACGUGGACAUUUCAAAAUAUUUAAAAAUUUGCUCAGGAUGGUUUUCGAAUGGUGAGCAAUCAACGACCAUUUAUGACAGUAAACUUGUGCCAGAUUCAACGGGUUGUUUAUCUCCAUAAUGCUUGUUAUUUAACAUGUUGAAAAUUAUUUUAAUUACACACUAGCGUUCUGAAAGUGGGGGAAAAGGAUCCCUCAAUAAUGACUUGAA